AGUUGGAUCGUGGUUAUGUCAGGCAUCACAAGCAGAAGCUUAAGAAACAGUGGUUGCUUAGGGACGAUGGCGGUAACACUCAUGUUGUGGAAUACAACAUGGAUGAAAAGGAAGCUUACACGAAGAUUUUGAAUGCUGUGGAGUCAAACAAUGGGUUUUUUUUUUCUUAUAUGGAUUUGGGGGAUCUGGUAUGACGUUUGUGUGGAAUACACUUUCUGCUGCCAUGCGAUCUAAAGGGAAAAUUGUCCUGAAUGUUGCUUCUAGCGGGAUUGCUUCAUUAUUAUUGCCUGGAGGAAGAACAGCUCACUCAAGGUUUUCUAUCCCUAUUUCAAUCCAUGAAUUAUCAACCUGUAAUGUUCGGCAAGGUUCUCAAAAAGCUGAAUUACUUCAAAAAGCAAGCCUUAUAAUUUGGGAUGAAGCUCCAAUGAUGAACAAGCACUGUUUUGAAGCUCUAGACAGAACUUUAAAUGACAUUAUGAAAACUGAAGCAACUUUUGGCCAUCCAAAAUCAUUUGGAGGGAAAGUUGUAGUUUUAGGGGGAGACUUCCGGCAAAUUCUUUCGGUAAUCUCGAAAGGUAGUAGAUUUGAUAUUGUUUCAUCUGCGGUUAAUUCAUCUUACCUAUGGGAGCAUUGCAAAGUAUUGAAGCUAACAAUCAACAUGAGGUUACAACAAGCUGCAUCUUCAUCUUCUGCAAGUGAAAUCAAGGAAUUUGCAGAUUGGAUUCUUCAAGUAGGGGAUGGAACAGUGAAAACAAUUGAUGAUGAUGAUUCAAUUAUUGAGAUUCCCCCUGAUCUCUUGGUGAAAGAUUGUGAUAAUCCUUUACUUGAAUUGGUUAACUUUGCAUACCCCAAUAUUGUUGCUAAUUUGGAAAACUCAAAAUAUUUUCAACAAAGAGCACUACUUGCACCUACUCUAGAAAGUGUAGAAGAGGUCAACAACUAUAUGCUAUCUAUGAUUCCUGGGGAGGAGACUGAAUAUUUGAGUUAUGAUACUCCAUGUAGAUCAGAUGAAGAUCAGAUAUAGAUGCAGAAUGGUUCACUUCUGAAUUUUUGAAUGAUGUUAAAUGCUCUGGUAUUCCGAACCAUCGAAUUAUACUCAAAGUUGGGGUCCCUAUUAUGCUCAUCCGUAAUCUAGAUUAGGCUUCUGGUUUGUGUAAUGGCACUAGAUUGACGGUUACAGAUUUGACUCCUUAUAUAAUUGUAGCUACCGCACUAUCAGGACUAAAAUCAGAAAAACCUGUUUAUAUUCCUAGAAUGAGCUUGACUCCUUCCGACACUGGCCUCCCUUUUAAAUUCCAACGACGACAAUUCCCAAUAACUGUUUGUUUUGCCAUGACUAUCAAUAAGAAUCAAGGACAAUCUUUGUCGCAUGUUGGAUUAUAUCUUCCACGACCGGUGUUCACGCAUGGUCAAUUAUAUG